CAAGGGAGCGCCUAAUAGUUCUGUAAUUAAUAAACCCUCACCCGGGUGCUCCAGCUUGAAUGAAAUACUACUGCGUUCCUACUCUAUCCUUGGUAACCCUCAUCUAUGCCAAAUUCUGUCUUUAACUAGCACAAGAUGAAGGGUGUUUCCAUCGCAGGGGCCUUCUCGGGCCUCCUUAGCUUGGCCUCAGCUGCCUCUUUCUCGAAUCCUCUCAAACCCUUCAACGGGUCAGAUCCUCAUAUGACCUACUAUGAUGGGUACUAUUAUCUGAUGACGACAACAUGGACCGACCUGCAGAUAACCCGAGCCAAGACCUUAGAGGGCCUCAAAAACGGAGAGACCAGGGUGGUUUGGACUGACUCGGAUCCCUCCCGCUGCUGCAAUGUCUGGGCACCCGAGCUUCACAAGAUUGACAACAAGUGGUACAUCUACUACACAGCUGGAAACAACCAGAACCUAGAUGGCCAGCGGUCUCAUGUCCUAGAAGGUGGUUCUGACCCGUGGGGCCAGUACUCCUAUGCCGGACAGCUCACCCAAGACUGGGGCAUCGACGGUACGAUUCUCCGCGUCCAGAACCAGAACUACUUUGUUUGGUCCUGCUUCUCGGACGGUAUCCAGUCCCUCUGCAUUGCGCCUUUGCAGUCACCGACUUCGAUUGGCUCUCCCCGAGUGCUCUCGCAACCGCUCCUGGACUGGGAACGGGUCGACACUCCGGUUAAUGAGGGGCCGGCACCGCUCUACCAUGAUGGAAAAAUCUUCCUCGCCUAUAGUGCCAGUUUCUGCUGGACACCUAGCUACCAACUCGGCCUCCUUACUUACAACGGGGGGGAUCCGACUGCAGCCAGCAGCUGGACAAAGACGGGGCCCUUCUUCAGCUCGGCAAAUGGAAACUACGGUCCGGGACACAAUUCGUUUGUCAAUAGCCCGGACGGCACCGAGAUCUGGAACAUCUACCAUGCGACCUCCAUCUCAACUGGUAAUUGUGAUGGCAACAGGUACACCGCGGCCAAGAAGGUGACCUGGAAUUUGGAUGGCUCUCCCAACUUUGGCAGCCCCGAUCCCCUAGGCGUUGUCACUCCUGGGCCCUCGGGGGAGUAACGGUCUCCGGUGGUCCUAGUUAUAAUAAUAACUUCCGCAGUUUUUAGCACGGACACUGUAACUUCAUUCGCCUUGUUGGUAAUUAUGUGUCACCGUGUGGAAGGCAGAUCAUGAAGGUACCCAGCCUAUGAACCGUCGACGAUGCGUGCAUUUCCAUCAAGAAGAGGAAGGACCUGGGAAAGACACAAUGUACGCUAUAGCUGAUGAUGUCCAUUAUGGACCACCAACUUCGCAGCUGUUUCUGCCAUGAUAUGGUGAACCAUUGCGGGAAAUAAAGGCAGAAUAACCUGAAACAGAUGGGGGUUCAGUGCGC